ACGCCGCGAAGGGGAUGUCGGAAUAGCUUCCCGUGAGAGAGGUCGCGAGGACUGGUUGGGGAGGAGGUUUGCAGCCGUGGCCUCGACACUGUGAGAGGUCGCCGGGAUGGACGAGGACGGGUUGCCGCUCGUAGGUUCGGGCAUCGACCUGACCAAGGUUCCAGCUAUCCAACAAAAGAGAACAGUGGCGUUUCUAAACCAAUUUGUGGUUCACACAGUUCAGUUCCUGAAUCGAUUUUCAACUAUUUGUGAAGAGAAAUUGUCAGCACUUUCCCUCCGUAUUCAGCAAAUUGAGACUUUGCUCAAUAUUCUGGAUGCAAAGUUAUCUUCUGUGCCUGGCCUAGAAGAUGAGAUCUCAAACACCAGUGUUAUGAAUGGCUCUGUCUCACAAACGUUGGUGGAUCCACAGACAACAAAUGUAUCACCUAACGUGGAGACCAGUGUACCUGAGUUGGGGCAACAGAGGACAGAUGGAACUGGUGAGAAUGUCAUCACUGUAGCAAAGGAUACGCGUUAUGCCAGAUACCUCAAAAUGGUUCAAGUGGGUGUUCCUGUUAUGGCAAUAAGAAACAAGAUGAUUUCUGAAGGAUUAAACCCGGAUCUUCUUGAAACGCCAGAGGCUCCAGUGCCUGCAUGGGGAGAUGAGACAAAUGCAGGAGAAAGUUCUGAUAGUGAAUCUUCAUUUAGCGACUAAUGGUGUUGUCCUUGAUGGGAAAAUGUUUCACUUUUCCUUAAAAGCACUGUCUAGUCUUUCUCUCUGUUAAAUGCUGAUGUACAAACUUGUAACAUGCUUUCCUGAAUUUCUUGAGCCAUGUGAGGUAUUCUCUAAAAGCAACAGCUUUGCACAGUAAUACAUUCAUUUUGUAUAGAAUUUAGACUGAAAGCCCAGUUCAGUAAAACGGUCACAUUGUGUAAUUACAUUACCUUAUAUAAGAUGUGGUGUCUUUGACUUGGGUAAAUGUUGCCCUAAGAAUAUUCAGGGUGAAGCUGAAGAUGGGACUGGACUCAGAUCUUUCCAUCUAAAUCAGUGUUUCUCAACCUUGACAAUUUUAAGGCAUGUGGACUUCAACUUCCAGAAUUCCACAGCCAGCAUUGCUGGCUGUGGAAUUCUGGGAGUUGAAUUCCACAUGCCUUAAAAUUGUCAAAGUUGAGAAACACUGAUCUAAAUAAUGCCAUCCUGCUUAACUUUUGAUAGUACAUAAUCUUGUAAAUUACAAGGAUUAUUUUUAUGUUUAUUCCUGGUAACUGUUCAGAAUUCAUUGAAUGCUGAUCCGUGUCUCCAUGGUGUAGAAUUCAAAGCACUAUAGUCUGCCGUUGGGAUAAGUGCGCACAUUUUGUUUGUUCCAUGAUUUAAGAGUUGGAAAUGGGAGUGACAGGAAGAAGGACUGAGGACAAAAGGGAAUGCUGUCUGUUUGAAAUGAACGGGCGUCAUUUUGUUUUGGCAAGCCACUAGAUGUUGUUAUACAGCCUUUCAUUUUUUUCUUAGAAUAUCCAUUUGCCAUCAUUUGCAAAUAUAACCUUUGGAUAGUAGCAGAUUGUAUCACUGUUAUCCUGCCUGGCAAACCAUAUGUGGUCUUCCCUUGUUAUAAAAUUUUCUUCUUGAGAAUUACAGUGAAUUCAGUAUAUAGAAGAUGUAAAAUAUAUAAAAAUGAAUAAAUUCUGAACACUGCUAGACCUAAUUUCCUAACAUUUCACGUGAUAACAAAGUAUUGAUAAAUUGAAGGAGAAUUAUAACUAAACAACCCACAACAUUACAUUAUUUCAAAAGUCUGCCAUUUGCUCAUCAAUCUUUUUCCAAAACCCGUUAGUCUUCUUAUAGAGAAACUUAGUAAAGAAUGAUUAGAGAGGAGAGAUAUCUUUUUAGAUUUUUUUUUAAAGAAAAAAAUUACUAGGCCCCUUCAUGUAUUAAACAAUGCAUAUAUUUUCAGAGUUUGGCAAAUUUGAUCAAUAAUAUUAACUUCACUAAAGACCAUAAUAGAUUUUAAGUAUUCUUUAAGUGUGCAUAUAUGAACCACAUUUUCACAACGUGCUAAACCUGAAUCUGACAGAAUGCCUUAAAAUAUAAGAAGCAAAUAUUUGACACACCCCGUCUCCAAUAUUUUAUUGUGCUCUGUUUCUCCCAAUAAUAGAAAAUGUUUUCACUAUUGUUAAUUAUCUCUGAGCUGGAAGUCCUAAUUAGUCAUUUAAAAUAUAUUCUGGCAUUUGAAAUGUACUUACAGAUCCUAGUUUGUUUGAGAGUCUGGUUGAAAUCUAUCCUUAUUCUCACCCCUCCUAAUGCAUUUCUGGCUACUGAAGUAUCUUCUGUGAUCAAGAGAAACCAAGAAUGAACUGGUGUGCUGUAACGUGCAUAUGAACAAAAUCCAAAAUAGUUUAUGGUUUGUGCGUUUAUGUUUCUUCACGGGAACAUUUAAACACAAUGCAUUACUAUUGUUCCAUUCCAUCUGUCCUGAUUUCUGUUAGCUAUGACUUUUCUACUUGGAAUAAAAUAAAUGUUAUUAAAGCGUCCCUCAGACUGUCUUCCUGCAUCACCCCGCCUAAAUUUGUUUGAGGCCUACUAAACACAUCCUCUAUAUAACAGAAGCCAAGAUAGCCACUAUAUAGCAAUAGUUCUGGCUCUGAACUGGAAUCUCUUGCUAAAUGGGUUGGGACAAAGCAUCCCAGACCAUUUAGUCUUGUCUGGAAGUGCUACCUGUUUCACAAAAGGUCAAGGCCUCUUGUUUCAGGAAACAAAUCUAAGAGUAUAAUCUGUGAUACAUUUAUAUAAACUAAUAUGAUUUGCUGCCUGAUAAAAUGCACAUUAUAACCUAAGGCAACUGGAACUUAACUUGGUAUUUGAAAAUAAGCAUUUGUAAUUAAAAUUACAUUUUGUAAUUUAAAAUGGUGGUCCUAUUGCUACAUGUAGAUUUUCUUUGGAAAUAACAAGCAAAUAACUGGAGAGAAAUUUAAAUGCAUAAAUUGUAUUGAUAGUUCUCCAAUAGUUAUCAAAUUAUUAAAAUGUAACUUAUAUGUAAUAUAGUAAUACAUGUACUUCUUUAAUACCUUAAAUCAGUAGCAAAGCAAUAAUUAUGUUUAAAAGACAAGCAAGUUCCAAUUAAAUUUUAUUUUUAAAAAAA